ACAAAAAAGAAAUUGGCAUGGUUUCGGUUAGACUUGGCUUUGGUUAGGCUUGAUUUACAUACCCAUUCUAGACUUUCGUAUAAAUUUGAAUAUGGAUGUUGUAAAUAAACAGAGAUAGAUAGAUAGAUAGAGAUCUAUGAGAGCAUCUAAUGGUAAUUAAUGCAGAAGGGUAAAAAAGGAAGAGAUAAAAGGUGAGAAAGAUUACCAAAAAUAAGGAGUUUCCAAAAGAUGGUUCUGAUGAGAAACAGAGCCCAUCCCUCUCCUUUUUCCCCUUCCCAUGAAAGAAAUUGGAUGGUCCUCCUUCAAUGUCCUCCACCUACUCUUUUCUUCUUCUCUUUUUUUUUUUUUUUUCCUUUCUUAUUAUUAAUCAUUUAAUUAAUUUCCUCUUCAAUUUCAAAUUUCUAGUUCUGUAAAAAGAAAAUACACAUCUCACUUAUAGAUAUCCAUAUCUAUUUAUAUGCAUGUAUAGAGAAUAAAAAAGUGUGAGUUUCUAGGUAUGUUGAGUAUGUGCUGUUUGGACAAUUGUUAGAUGAUCUGUCCAUUUUUUCUUUUUAUUUUAUGUAUAAAUAUAUUUGAGCACAAAGAAAAAACUAAUAACCUUCUGUUUUCAGCAAGUAGGGUCUUAUUACCUUCAAAGAAAUAUUCCUUCAAAUAUAUGAAACUCAUAAACCAAAACAGAAAUUACAAAAAGAAAGAGAGAUAUUUUUCAAGAACAACAUAAUUAGAAGAGCAGAAGCAGCAGUUAAGUGGUACUGAGAUAAAUAAUAAUAUAUAGUUUCUCUUCAAAGUUUCUCAUCACCCACCUUCUCCUUUUUUGCUGAUCUAUCAUAAUCUUGAGAACUCAGGAUCAAUGGAGGAAGGUGGGAGUAGUCACGACGGAGAGAGUAGCAAGAAGAUAGGGAGAGGGAAAAUAGAGAUAAAGAGGAUAGAGAACACAACAAAUCGUCAAGUAACUUUCUGCAAACGACGCAAUGGUCUUCUCAAGAAAGCUUAUGAACUCUCAGUCUUGUGUGAUGCGGAAGUUGCCCUCGUCAUCUUCUCCACUCGUGGCCGUCUCUAUGAGUACGCCAACAACAGUGUGAGGGGAACAAUUGAAAGGUACAAGAAAGCUUGUUCCGAUGCCGUCAACCCUCCUUCCGUCACCGAAGCUAAUACUCAGUACUAUCAGCAAGAAGCCUCUAAGCUUCGGAGGCAGAUUCGAGAUAUUCAGAAUUCAAACAGGCAUAUUGUUGGGGAAUCACUUGGUUCCUUGAACUUAAAGGAGCUCAAAAACCUCGAAGGACGGCUUGAAAAAGGAAUCAGCCGUGUCCGAUCCAAAAAGAACGAGCUGUUAGUGGCAGAGAUAGAGUAUAUGCAGAAGAGGGAAAUGGAGUUGCAACACAAUAACAUGUACCUGCGAGCUAAGAUAGCCGAAGGUGCCAGAUUGAAUCCGGAACAGCAGGAAUCGAGUGUGAUACAAGGGACGACUGUUUACGAAUCCGGUGUAUCUUCUCAUGACCAGUCGCAGCAUCAUAAUCGGAACUAUAUUCCGGUGAACCUUCUUGAACCGAAUCAGCAAUUCUCCGGCCAAGACCAACCUCCUCUUCAGCUUGUGUAACUCAAAACAUGAAAACUUGUUUCUUCCCCUCAAAACUAUUAAGAGAGAUUCAUUUUAUAUUUAUAAUGCGACUUCUUAAAUUCAUAGUUUAGGUUCAAAUAAUGAUAAUUAAUUACAAAACUCGUGUUUCUAUUGCCUAA